AAGAGCCCUAAGAUACGCGUAUAACGCGUGUCGGUAAGACACGGCUGCCAGCGAGCGAGCACGAGAUGAGCUCGGAAGAUACAAGUGGCACCGGUGGUGGAUUUUUCUCAAAUUUUUUUCCUAGCGCAUUGCCUCUGCACCGGACUGACUCUAAAGCGUUAUCCGGUCCAUUCAAUGUCCCUACCUGACUGACUAUCUGAUGCUUAUCUCCGGACAUGCAACUAUGUUCUUCACAUGCACAUAGAUUCGAUAUGCCCGCCCAUGCCAUGAACAAUACUAAAUUUGCCAGCCCAGCAUGCUAUGCUGGUGAAUAAUGCACGAGUCGACCAAUUUGAAGGACGAACUGGGAGAGAGAGAGAGAAAAUAAGAUCCAGAUCCCUGGAUUCCCUCACGAAAGGAGACGGCAGCCAAUACAGAUCUCUCCUCCCACCAAUGAUCUGCUUUGUCAAAGGCCAAUAUUCCUUCCUGCUGUGUCAAACACGCUGCCUGCUGCUGCUGCUGCUGGGCAAAAAGUCAAAACCCCAGCAGCAGCCACGGCCCUGACUGACUGAUGGCUCCUUAUAAAUACACGCCCAGGCAUGCAAUGCAGAGCAUCAGUGCACACAAGCAGAGCACCAAGCGGCAGGCAGGAGAGAGAGGCCUCGCAUGGAGGUAGGAGGCCCAUCUCUGAUAGCCAAGCAUGAUUUGCCCGUAGUCUGACUCUGAGUGUGCUCCUGCUACGGGCAAAUCAUCUUGGCCAUCUGAGUACCUCCCUACGCUGUCCCCAUGUCAGGAGGCCCUGCUCUUCUUCGGUCGGUUUUAAGGCCUGUUUGGAGAGGAGCCUACGGCGCCGCAGCCCGCCACACCUGCGGCGGCCGAUUUGGGCGCCACACCCGCGGCAGCCGGAGUGUGGCGCGGUGUGGCGCCCGAGCCAGCCCACCAAACAGGCCCUUAGAUAGCCAAAACGCAGUACACACAGCGCUGCUUACCUUGACGACGACCACUUGUGUUGGAGCAGCAGUCAUCUACAGCCAAAACUCUUCACUUCCUUCGCCAUUGCCGUGUUACCAGCCCAGCCAGCGACGUGGGCGUGCCGCGACAGGGUUUUUUCCCCCUGGGAAACGUUGUGUUCUGGCAGAUGCCACAAAAGGUACCUUGGGCUCGGCAAAUCCCUUCAACCCUGAGCCUCUUUCAUUCAUCCACGCAAGUGACAAGGCCAAGAACCACUCCAGCUCAAUGAUCCUCUAGCAUGCUUAUACUUAUGGCAAAAAAUGUACCGGACUAUCGUGUUCGACAACCAUCACAUUUUUUUUGGAGAUGACAUUUCAAAAAGACCAAAAACUAUGAUCUCUCAUGAUCCAUCUGCUACUCUUUGGGUAUCAAUGCCUCAUCAGCUUAUCGUUUCCUUGCACCUUCCGUGCAGCUCUCUGCCCACAGCACGCCUUAACCAGUUGCUAAUAAGAGAGAAGACAGAAAAAUAUCUCAGACAUCAGAAGGAUUGGACUUGAAGUAACUUGGCAUAGAAACAUCAGUUGCCUACUAAUCUAUAUAAGUAGCUAAAAACAUCUUGCCGACUUAGAUUCUGUUCUUUAGUUCAGAUAUGCCACAUGCCCACAGGACAACACACACUACAAACAGUGUCACGGUGCCCAAACAAACUGCUAAAUCAUGCCCAUUUCCUGGUGGAAAUCCUGGUAUCGCGCUAUUGCUGUGUUUACCAACAAAAUUAGCAUGGCUUUAUAGUAUAUCUAGCAGCGACACGGUUUUAGUGCAGCGGCUGGUAGCCAAUUUUGUCUAUCUAUCACAUGAACACUUGUGUUAGGAAAAAGAAAGUAGAGCAUUGUAUGUCAUUAUUGGCUUAUUGCAUUAUACAACAAUGAAUGACUAGGUGAUCAUAAUUUUUUUGGCAACAUAAAUAAAUGGUAAAUUUAUUAAGUCUCGCAUAAAAAUAUAUUUGAUUUCAUGAUGGGUUUAAAAUGGACAUAAACACUCGUGUUGAAAUAAGGACUCGGUUGAGGCAUAGGAGAGCUCUAUUCUACAAUAGGAAAUGUGCAUUUAAUACAUAAAAGGAAUAUUAAUGUGUAGCCAAUUAACCAGAGGAAUUUAAAGAACAUAAGCAGAAAUGGAAACAGCAAUACUAGGUUAUAGACUAUUAAUUAGCCAUGCUAAACUUGUAAUCAUGAAUAGAACUCAAAAUUGCAGUAAUUCUAAAAGGUAUUCAUCGGAACAUACAUGGGCAUUUUCCUCACAACAGAGUGAUAAUUUACAUAUAAAGAGAAUAGAGAAAGUCGAACCAAGUUCACUUGAAAAGGCAAAUAAAAUCUAGACAGCCAAUUAGAAGUUCAGUUAAAGGACCAAAUCAUGUCACGACUGGGUACCUGGGUGCCAUAAGAAGCAGAAUUGAUAACAGUAUAUCACAUAAUGUGUGCCGCUCAGUUAAAAAAAAAACUUA